AUGGUUCAGAACGUUUCUGCCGACCUCGUCUGGGAGGUUACCCGCAACACCAGCGCUUUCCUCCUCAAGCGCAAGCAGGCCGGUGGUGUCCAGUUCUCCCGCGACCCGCUGAACCUGACCAACAAGCACGCCCGCAAGUACGAGGGUUUCGUCAACGACAAGGCCUACGGCAUCCAGCCCACCGAGAACGGCGGUGUCCAGCUCACCAUCAAGAAGGCCAACAAGUACAACAAGCCCAUCAACGCCAUCCAGACCUCCACCUUCGGCCCCGCUACCUCCUCCCGCAAGGUCUACAAGAACAUCAUCAACUCGACCGUCAAGCGCCACUACCGCGCUGACCUCCAGAAGGAGGCCGUCGCCCGCGCCUCUGCCAUCAAGAAGUCGCAGAAGCCCGUCAAGGCCGCCAAGCCCGCCAAGCUCAGGGGCAAGAAGGCCCUUCAGCAGGCCGCCAAGUCCGAGUAA